UACUUAUCUGGUCUGGCAUCGUUUCGAAGAAACCGAGAGACAAAAAAAAAGAAUUUGGAGGAUAAGCAAAUUCAAAAAUCAUUUCUCCGAUCAAAUUCGCCGUCGGAAUUAUCUCAGAGAGAAAUUGAGCUGCGAAGUGGUGAUUUUUGUAUUUAAAUGUCGAGUAGCUCGGGAAGUUUCUCGGGAAGCAGUAGCUCGGCAUGUAGUUCCAGAAGUGAUUGCGAGAACUCGUUUGAUGUUGAAGAACUUUUGCAGAUUGGGACAACACGCAGGGAGCUAAGGAAACAAAAGGACAUGUUGAGAGAAUCGCAGCCCCAUAGUAUCGAACUAGUCAGAGUAGUCUUCUUCUCCUUCUUUAAAGUAUUUUCUCACUUCUAUUGGUUGAAUUUUCGGACAUUAAUCUUCUCUUUACCACAGAGGUUGGAACUCCACACGAAGUCAUUAUCGGAAUCUCGCUUAGAAGACACAGCACGAAUUCAGAUGAUGGAGAAAGAAUUAUUGAAUUGCUAUAAGGAAAUUGAUUACUUGCGAGAUCAACUAAUUUUCAGAAGCAAGGAAGUGAAUUAUCUCAAUGAACAUCUGCACGAUCUUGAAUUCAAAUUGGCUGAAUCAAGGAAUCUGGAAGAAGAAGUUAACUCUUUAAGAGAUGAGUUGUGUAUGUCGAAAUCCGAGCAUUUGUUGUUGUUGCAAGAACUCGAGAGCAAAGAAAUAGAGCUACAGUGUUCAUCUCUUUCCUUGGAGAAACUGGAGGAGACCAUCUCAUCCUUAACAUUAGAGUCCUUGUGCGAAAUAGAAAGCAUGAAGAUUGAUAUAACAGCGUUGGAGCAAGCACUCUUUGAUGCAAUGAAAAUCCAAGAAGAAAGCAUCCAAGAAAAACAUCAAUUAAAAGGAAUAAUCGAAGAGUCCCAGUUUCAGUCUCAAAGGGCACAAGAGAAUGUCAAGUAUAUCGAAAAGCAAAAUGAAGAGCUGAGGGAGAAAUUUAAUGCCUCUGAAAAGAGUAUCAAAGAGUUCUUUCAAAGUACUAAAGAACGGUUAGAAAGUGAAGAUGAAGAGCCUCUAACUGUAGGGUGCUUCUUUGCUGAACUGAGCCAUGUGCUUCCAAUGUCUAAUGAAGUUCGCAAUUGUUUUGAUGCAAUCAUGAAGAAACUAGAACUUUCUCAGAAUGUGAAUUUGACUGACAAAGUGGAGGGUAUGGCGAAACAGAUACAUCAGCACGAAGAUGUUGUAAAGCAACUCAAGGAAGAACUGAAACAGGAGAAACUGAAGGCGAAGGAAGAAGCAGAAGACCUUACACAAGAAAUGGCUGAAUUAAGGUAUAAGAUGACAUGUUUGCUUGAUGAGGAACGCAAUCGCCGUGUGUGCAUAGAACAAGCAUCAUUACAGAGAAUAGCCGAGCUAGAAGCACAGAUCAAGAGAGAGAUAAAAAAGCCCUCUUCCACUGAAAUGCUGCCUCUUACUGGGUUAUGAAAAAAGUCUUGAGCUUUACCCGAUUCACCUAUCUUCAUAUUUCUGAGUCUCAUCCAUGGAAUUUAUUGAAAGUGCGUGUAGCAGCUGCUCGAGUGAUUGAAAGAUGGAUUGUACGUUUGGGUGGUGAUUUGUAUACACAUCAUAUCGUAGGGUGGUCAGAAGAUCCAGAGGCUUGGAAGAGGUUUGGAGACACAAUCAAAAGAGGUUUGGGUAAAGCAUAUAGCUUUAGAGAUUGAUGUUUUCUUUCUUUUGAGUGUACAUAAUUGCUUGGAACAUAGAAAUAAAGUCGUUCCAAGGUGUUAUUGGUUUGUCUUACAAGUCUCUAAAUAUCGACUCUACAGAAAUUUGAAAAUUGAUCUAAAAAAAGAUAAUAAAUAGUUAAAUAAAAUAUCCUUCCAUUUUUCCCA